AUGGCUGUCUUGGCGUUCAGGCGACCGCUCCAGGUCGUAACCACCAUUGAUCCAGCAAGUCCAGAAGGAGGAAUAAGGAAUAUGAAAAAUCCACAAAUUGGACCAUCCAGAUUUACCAAAAGAUGUUUAAGACUUUCCAUAAGCUUUCCUGUGCCUUCUGAAAGGCUUAUGAAGCUCCCGCUUCCCUGUUCACUCAAAACCAACCACGUACUAACAACCCAGGCUAACAAGAGCUUCCACAUUAAGCAGAAAUUGGGCAAGGCUUCCAAGCAGAACAGACCUUUGCCACAGUGGCUCAGAUUGAAGACCAACAACACCAUCAGAUACAACGCCAAGAGAAGACACUGGAGAAGAUCUAAGUUGAACUUCUAA